AUGGAGUCAGGGUCAUAUGUGGCGAUAAAGUACACGAAAGGAAUCGGGAAUGUGGCGCUGGGGAAGCACGCAUGGCAGAGCAGUCCGUAUGUAACUGAACUGGCAUACCCGGGCCUUGCUGUAGAUGGCGACAAAACAACCACCCUCCUUCAGGACGGUGGAAACAUUUACUUUUGUACCCACACGUCUACGGGGCUGACCCCUCAAUGGUGGAUGGUAGAUCUUGAGAGAACGUACCAGGUGUCAAUAAUUGUUGUAUGGGGUCGGGAGAGAUUUGGCUGGGAUUCGAGGACCAAGGGCCUUGCAGCUACCGUUGGUAUAGGGGUGACAAACAUGCACCAGUGCGGGGAUCAAUUCCAGGGUUCCGUUUCAGAGAACCCCUUCAACUUCACAUGCAAGUCGCCGUUGGUCGGAAGGUUUAUGAAAAUCUUUCGGGAAGAUUCGGAGCCAGUUACUCUCUGUGAAGUGGAGGUGUAUAGUUAG